AUGCAGACAGGCAGACGGACAGACGGCAGGACGGACACGCGGGCGGCGGCUGUGAUUGGCGGCUCGGCGGCAGGCUGGUGGAAGAUGUCGUCGGGAGCCGGUGGGAGGGGUGGGCGGCGGCUCAGGGGUGGGGGGGGAGGGGAAGCGGCGGAGGAAGGCCCAGUGGGCAUCCCCUUCCCCGAGCACAGCGCAGACAUCCUGGGCAGCCUGAACAAGCAGCGCCUCAGCGGCCUUCUGUGCGACGUGCUCCUGAUCACCCAGGAGAAGGAAUUCACUGCCCACCGUUCGGUCCUGGCCUCCUGCAGCUCCUACUUCCACAAGUUGUUCACCUCGGGCCCAACCGCCAGCCAGCAGAACGUCUACACCAUAGACUUUGUGGCGGCCGAGGCCCUGGGCGCCCUGCUGGACUUUGCCUAUACAGCCACGCUAACGAUCAGUCACACCUCCGUGGGAGACAUCCUGGCUGCCGCCCGCCUGCUGGAGAUCCUGCCCGUCCAGGAAGUCUGCACUCACCUGCUGGACACCAAAGUGCUCCUCUCCCCACCGGCGGGCAGUGAGCGAGGAGAGGAGGAUGAUGAUGAUGAUAUGAUGGGGGAUGGUGGGAAGGGUGGAGGAGGAUGGGGGCAGCAGGGGAAUCGACUGCGGGCCCGGGAGUAUCUAGAAUACUUCCAGAGAGGGGCCCACUGGAGCAGCAGCUGCAGCACGCCAGAGCUCAGGGACAUGCCCACACACCUGCACUUUAACCAUGGCAAAAGGUCCCACAGCAAUGGGGUCCCCGGGGGCCCCAGCGACUUCUGCUCUCCCCUGGACCUUGCCCAGGCCCCCACACAGGACCCAGAUGAUGAGGAGGACGACGAGGAGGACGAAGUAAAGGUGGAGCACUCUGAGAACCGCAGGGACAUGCUGACCUGGGCCAGGGGGAAUGGAGGGGGGCCAGGGGCCUCUUUCUACGCCCCUGCCCAGAAUGGCCAUUUCUUCCUCCCCACGAAGCCCAAACUGGAGCCGGAGGAGGAAGAUGGCAUGCGGGAUGGGGAGAGAGGCUCGGCCAGCGCACUCCUGCAGCAGAUGAUGGACUCCAUCGAGAGGCAGAAGGAGCGGGCCGCGGCCGGAGAGGAGCUGGGGGAGGGGGAGGACCCGGACGUGGAGUUUUACUUGAAUUACUUUAACAGCACACAGCAUGAGGACGCCGCCGUCUCACAGGGACUGCUGCCCCUCUGGGCGACACGGGGAGGCUCCAGCCAAGAUAGAGGGGGAAGAGAGGGGAGGAAGAGGAGGAGGAGGAGGAGGAGAGAAGAGAGAGGAGGGGGUGGAGGGGAGAGGAAGAUGCGCUCCAAGGCCUUCCAGAAGUGCCCAAUCUGCUCCAAAGUCAUCCAGGGUGCAGGCAAGCUACCCCGCCACAUCCGCACGCACACGGGAGAGAAGCCCUACGAGUGCGCCAUCUGCAAAGUGCGCUUCACCAGGCAGGACAAGCUCAAGGUUCACAUGCGUAAGCAUACGGGAGAGAAGCCUUACCUGUGUACGCAGUGCGGUGCUGCGUUCGCCCACAACUACGACCUGAAGAACCACAUGCGCGUGCACACAGGCCUGCGGCCCUACCAGUGCUCCAGCUGCUUUAAGACUUUUGUGCGUUCAGACCACCUGCACCGCCACCUCAAGAAGGACGGCUGCAACGGUAUCCCCUCCCGCCGGGGCCGCAAGCCUCGGGUACGGGACCCCGGGCUCCUGGAGGCCUCCAUGGGGCUGGUGGGCCCCGGCCCUCGCAGUGGCAGGGAGAGACGGCGCAUGGAGGCAGCCUCGGCAGAGGGGGCCUCCAGGGUCCAUGCACACAGUCCCCAGCCCCAGGAGAGGCCAGAGGAGCCGGGGCACUGAGGCAGGGAGACGGGGAGGGACGCUGGACGCCAUAGUCAUACUUGGCCCGUGGAGGGGCCGCUGCCGGAAAAAAAAAAAAAACACGCUAAGGCAAAAAACAAAAAACACAACUAACUAUUUCUCUAUAAACCAAAUCAGGGUGUCACAAAUCUAAUAUUUUCAGUUUCUUUUAUUUCUUUGCUUUAGGAAACAGUAGACACAACAGACACACAUGAGUCAGUGUUCUGUUCAAUAGCAAAGAACGCUUCAAAUCACACACCCAUGAUGUCUCCUUUCUGGGUCAUGUCUGUCUGAUCUAGGUUUUUAUACAUUUGGCAAAAAUGCUUUAUAUGCAUAACAAAACAACAGAAAGCCCUGAGCAAACUAUGCAGUUAAAAUAGGUUUUGAAUUCAGAGCCAAACGAUGAGGUGUCCCACACCUACUAACUGCUGCAGGGGUGAACGGAGUGUAAUCUCUCAUAUUCAGAUGGAAAGCAACCAAUCCUUUUCUAUUCUUUUGCAGUUCUAAAAUGUACAGUUACCAUAGAAACAGUAUUGUCAGAAUAUGGCAAUAUAUGCAAGAUUAACUUACCCACACCUCUGAUGCAGCUUCCUUUUUUCUAAAGGCUUCAGAAAGAAUCAGACAAGGGUUUGAUUUAAGUGUUACUUACUCGAUAAAAUAUAUUUUAAAAAUCUAUGGUUCAUCUUUUUUAAAUGUCGAGUCGAAUCCACGUUUGGGGGGCUCUUCCAUUGCAGGGGUAGGGAACGCGAGGGGAGGAGGGGGUGUGUUUCUGAAGCACUACCAUGGCCAUGGUGCCGUUCGGCUUGACCACGUCAUUGACUCUUAGCCCUCACAACCCUGACAUUUCAUUUCUAUUUUCUUUUUGAUUUGUCUUUGUUAUUGUCGUUUGUCCCUUUUUUGAGUGACUGCUUUGGGUACUUGACACUUUACAUUUGUAUACAUGCGUGUGUGUAUAUAUAUAGAUAUACACAUUAGGUGGUGAUGAUUUAAUGCGGAGGUAUAUUAGCUUACCAAUCGGGGUUUCCUUCGGCUUGACGUCAGAUUUCUCACAGAGUGAAGCUUGUGGGUAAAAGAGAAAGGAAACUAUAUGAAUGUUAGAAUAUAUUGAAUUUGUGAAAUGAAACCCAUUGGUCCUAAACUUAACACUUGAUUGAGAUGUAUAUAGAGUUCCUGCCUGAAGGUAGAAGCGAUACUAUGUGGUUAACUUUGUGCAGUUCUGACAGGAUCUGUCCUCUAACCAACAGCAGGUUGAAAGAGGAAAAGCAGGGAUAGACCGAGAUAUAUACGUUUGCACAGCUUCACUAAAGAGAUCCCACAGAGAGAGGUAUAUUUAAAGGAGGUUGUUGAGAAAAGGUGUGUGUUAGUGCUUAUUCCAAUCUUUUUUGCCCUAGGGACCACGAAACCAUGAGGCAACCUGUGUGAUGAAGAGAGCAAUAAAUACCUGUCCAAGUUGGGAGGCCAAAUAAGCACACAGCUGCAGGGUGAGGCAGGUUGAGGGGAGGGGGAUUUCACAAUGUCUGUUGCAUUCCAAAAUAUAAUCUCCCCGGCACAGCCACUUUUCCAGGCAGAACGGGUUCAAAUCAGACGUUUUCUCUCUCUCACUUUAGUUCUCCAUCGCCCCAAAACCAGCUUGUGGAGUACAUGGUAUUAUAGAGCCCUGAGUAGAGGAGGUCUGGUCGGUGGCUGACCGGACUGCUGCUAGGUGUUGGUGUGUGUGGCAGCCAGGGUCUUUUCUCUGACUCACUCACUAGACUUGGGCUGGGAGUGUCAGCAGCUCCUCCAGUUGUGGACACGUUGAAACAUGCUCCCCAAACUGCCAGUGCACUAAAAGCCAGGCAGCCAUUAUAGUGGGUAAAAAAACAUGAGGGCAGCCACCAGAGAUCGUGGGGUGUUGCUCCACAGCCUUAUGACGUGUGUUUGGAAACGGCCACUGGUUCACAUAGAUCUGAACACGUUUGUCUUUGUGUUUUGAGUCGCUUGGCUUGUCAACUCUGUGUUUUUAACCAUACUUGUACACUGGUUUUGGGGCAAAGGAGAGUGUGCCGUGCCGGUGACUGUAGAUUGAAUUCCCCUGCCAUUGCUGCAAUGCUGUGUCCUGAGUAUCAGUCUUUUGCACCUUAAUGGGAAAGAAGCAGGUUCUGAAUGCACUUUGUUACUGAGAAAGGCACUUUUGUCAAAGAAACGGGUACUUUGAAACAAACUAAGGUGAAUUAGCUUAAUAUCCCCAUCGCAAGUGGUUCCGUUAAGCUUGUUCUCUGGUUUUGUUCAGUUUUUGACGACAAGCUGCCAAAAAAGAAAGAUGUAUGCGUGUUUCGGGUCUCUUAAGAGAAGUCAGGCGGGUUCAAAAAACGAACAAUGUUUUGUGACCUUAAAAACAUUUUUUUUAAAGACAAAAUAACCCCAUGUAACUGAUUGCACUUGAAGUUAGGUUUGGUAAAACAAGCUCUAGUGAGUUGUCUAUGUUCAUGUCUUAAUGCAGAGUGGGGGGUGUGAGUGUGUGUGCAUGGCUGGAGGGUCUCAGGGCAAGCCUGGAUAAACAAACUCUAUCUCCACCCAUCUGUUCACCAGCUCCCUUCUUAGCUCCACAUAUUAUCACAGAGAAGUGAACGCAGUCAGACACUUUCAGACCAACUGCACGGCAGAUAGACCCUUUUCCAAGUAGUGGCUAACUAACGGUGUGUGUGUGUGUGUGUGAGUAUACUUGAAACUUCCACACACCCCCAACCAUCUUUUCCAUCACUUUUCACUGCUGUGUAUUCUGUUGAAAUCCUUAUUUCCCUGGGAUGUUGACUCCUUCUCUUAGAAGAAUGCAAAUCAAUAGUCUGUCGGUAUUUGAUAUACACAGGUCAAGUAGAAGACGAGGAGGUAGAUGAGAGGGGUUGAUAUGCAUAGCCUGACAGCCAGGAGCUCAGGGUAUAGUCAUGUAUAUGAAUAGGUCUGAUGAAAGAAGCCGUAGUCAGGUGAUCUGUUAGGGGUUCUAAGUUAUCACUCAAGUAUAUGUAGCCAUCAAAACGUAUAAUGUUCUUGGGCCUUAAUAUUGGGAUUUCACGUUGUAUUCCUAUUUGAUUUCUUUAAUCUUGGUGAAGCCAAAGCUACCCUGAUUGUACAUUGUACACUCUUAUAGAGUUCUCCCUAAAUUGCUAUUCAUGUCUUGUAUAUGAUAUAAAGGUAUGAAAGUAAUCCUAAACAUAUCCAGAAUGAGACCACCUCUGACCAAGCCACACACCAACAAAACCCACCCCCUUGAUAUGUAUGCAGGAAAUUGUGUAGAAUCAGUUCACAUUCUCUUUAUUUCCGUGGACUAAAAUCAAUGGUGUAGAUGGAAUAGCUUCUCUUUUAUGUCUUUAUGUUGAAUUCUUCUUAAAAAAGGUGUCCCUACAGCUUUUCACUUUUUUCUAAUCAACUUUAUGGCUGUUUUGUGUGUGGGUCGGGGUAUAGGAAUUGGUUUAGGGAGGGUAUUUUCUGAGUUCGAUUAAAGGGGUGUUUUGGUUGGGGAUAUAAAGCCUGAUAGCACUGGAAAUAGUGCUUUAGCUGAGACAGCGAGAGUUUGCACUAAAGUCCUUGUCCUACUAAAGGAAGGAGGGCGUGAGACCUCAGCAAGGCCCUUGAGUUUCUGUGAGCACAGGGUGUUAUACACUCAAUGGUCCAACACAGACAGUCCAUCCAUUCCCCUAACCAACAGACUUAAUCAUGUAGAGGUUCUUCUGAGAAGUGUACCAACAUUACUUAACCAAACCAAAAGAGAAAAAGACUUUGAUAAGUCGUCACAACAUGUUGGAUGUAUGGGAUUUGAAUACAUCAAAACCUGAAGGUGCUCUGAAUGUUUUAGGAUGGUACACACAGAGGAGACAAAACUGUUGUCACAGCUAUUAUAUAUAUA